UUUCCCGAAGAGGGUGGAUUUUGCAUGUUUGUCGCAAAUGGAAAGUAGCAACUCUUUAUCGACGACACGUUAAACAGUGAUCUUUAUUCCAUGACAUCUUAACACAUAUUUUUCUAAAAUCUGGUAUUUUGGUGGACGUAUCGUCUUCUUGCAAUUGCUGGGACCCGAGCAGUCAAGAGGGGAUAAUGUCACGGCCGCGCUCAAGGUCACCUUUACAUUCAAGGACUGCAGCUCUACCUGGGAGGAUAGCAGAUGGAUGCUAUGGUGAGCAGUACCAUCCAUCUGUGCAUUCUGGUCCAUGGAGAACUCUGGAAAAUGUCAGCAAAGUGGAAGGAGUCACACACUGGGAUAAUAGUCCCUCUCAAGGAGAGGAAGAGGUUGACCACUGGGCCAAGUUCAUUGAGGCCAUAGGUCAUGCCGGAAAACGGAGACCUUCCCCCAUGUCAAGAUACCACAUACAGGGUGAUGUCCAGAAUUUUGAAGAGAAAUCAUCCCACUCUCCAAGGAGACUGCCUAGGGAGAGGCUGUCUUCCCCUGAUGCAUUACCUUAUGGCACAGAAACACAUCAGAGGAUUUCGUCUCCUGGCCAGAGGAGGAAGGAGCCUGAUUUCAUCCCUUUAGAAAGGCACUUUUCAAGAGAUUCCAGUCCUAGGCAUUUACAAGGAAAGAGACAGGACAGGAUGGAACAUGGGUUCCAUCUUAAUGAAGGACGUGAAGAUAGAUAUCAGGAAAGAAGCUCUUUUUCAGAGAGGUCACUGAAGUCAAAAUAUAGGGAUCACCACCCACAUCCUAAAAGAUUUAGAGAUUUGGAUCCACAGUAUGAAUAUAGUGUCUCUCACAGGGACUUCAGUCCACAUAGUGCUCCUGUUAUAGUGGAACAUGACCAUGGAAUCCUAAAGCAUGAUGUGAGAAGCAGAGAUGCUCCAAGGAGCCGGGAUGCACUUUGGAAUCAAGAGCAUCCAAGGAUUAAGCCAAGAAGCAAUGACAUGCCAAGGGAAAGAGAGCAUCCAGAAGCCGAGGAAUUGCAAAGGGGGAGAGAUUCUCACAGAAGAAGUGAACUCUCAAGAAGCAGAGAACCAUUUAAACAUAGGAGGGAUCACAACCAUCAUGUAGGAGUGUCACAAAAUAGACGCGGUGCUUUGGCUAAAUAUCAUGUUCGAGAGGAAACAAGAUUGCAUCACACUUCUGUUGAGAGAGGAAGUUCCAUACAGAGGAGGUCACGACAUAAUGAGCCACAGAAAAUGGAACCAGAUCUGAGAGAGCCCCAUGGACAUAGGGCAAUAGAUCUGAACAGUGAUGUGGAUUUGAGAGGAGACAGCAUGGCAAGAGCCUCUAGUCGUGUAUGGGAGGAGGAGUUGGUAAUGCAUGCUGGUGGGAAUCAUGGUGGUGUGUUGGAACAAGGAAGGAUUUCGAAAGGAACCGCCCAUAACAGGAACCUCAGUGCCGUUCCUAUGGCCAGGAUGGAUUUAACUGAGCACGAGACUCUCAGGAUUAAAGUGGACAUGAGUCGUCCUGUGGGCCAGAGCAGCCACUUAGGCUAUUCCUCAGAAAGGCAAUUGUCACUCGAUUUGGUCAAUGUGGGUCGACAGCGUCUUGACUUCCUGCCCUUGCUGAAGCAUUCUGGAACCUAUCGGGAGUCGGCCAUGCACUCUGGGACCUUUGCUCAAGAGAUCAUUACUUUGGUACAUCAAGUCAAAGAAAAUUACUUCCAGGGUCAAGGGAUCACUCUUAAUGAACGGUUCUCUAAUGAGCAGCAUUAUUCCUUUAUGGAUGAGGAUGAGUUUACAGUGGAAGGGCAAGAACUGAAGGAAAUGGGACCCAAAAUAAAUAGACCACUUAGCAUCCCAUCAUCAGACACUCAAAUUUUCUGCAAAAUAGGAUCUUUGCAAGCACAGAGAAGACGGCAGAUCACUGACCCUGGUGAUCUAAGAUAUGAUCUGGAGAGAAGAAGACAGCAGAGGCUGGAAGGUGUUAAGAUCACUAUUGCUGGAGGAAACUUCUUUCAGAUAGGGUCCCAGAGUCAGGAAAUUGAGUCUGCAUAUGUGGAAGAGGAAGACCCCCACGAGGAUGAAGAUGACUUUGACUGGUCAGAGCAGAUUGAUCCUGGUCAAAAACUGCCUGCCAGGCGCAACUUCAAACGCUUCAAGAAUCGUUUGCGUCGACAAAUUAGAAAUAAUCCAAAUGAUGGUGCCAGUUGGUGAGCAGAGAUUUGGUGGCAUAAGGCCUUGGGGUUAUGACUCUUCCUCAUAGUCACUGCUUAAAUACAGGUGUAUCAGAACAGUGACUGCAUUGUGGCUGUUCUUUAGGUUGUAUUUGUUUCCCAUUUGUUCCUGAUUUCAUCACAGCAUGAUGAAAACAUGUUGGAUGGUGUAUCUUCCAGUUUGUAAAGAUUUUUACACAAAUAUUAAUUUUCUUAGGUCUGAUGUACUGUGUGAUACAUCAGUCCUUGUCGUUACACCUAAAAUGUCUUUCGCCCUUUAACUAACAUGUCCAUCUACCAGUACUGAGUUACUGACAGUUUUAUUUGGAAAACACUGAGCUGUACAGAAAGCAUUCAUGGGCUUGAAUGUCAUUGGUUUAUAGACUGCCCUGCCUAUGCCAGGGUGUUCUGCUGCUUAUUAUUUUUGAAACCAGAUUUUCUGGAUUAGAAAGAUGCACCAGCAUUGUACUUGCAUAUAACCUUUCAACAUGUAAGUAGACCAGAAACAUGAUUCUGGUUGAAGUGUCAUUAAACUGUUAUUCUGUUUAUUUAAAAAAAGAGAGAGAGAAUUGCUUUUUCAUAUAUGCAAAUAUUACAACGCAUUUCCAAAGCAUAUUUUGUUUAUAUUGGGCAAAUGAUUAACAAUUUGAAGCAGUUCCAAAUUGAAUCAGUUUGAGUGCAUUUUGUGCCUUGUUUCACACCAUCAUUCUGAUGCUUCCAUCUAUAGGAGGACUGAGCUUCAAGAGAACAGCUGUGUUUAUUUGAAAAGAACCAUCAUGUAUGGUUUUAUGUAGUUUUGUAUUAAAUAAAUGUACA